AACCCGGUAUAUAGACUCUCCUCACCAUUCACACAGUGCCAGAUUGUUCUCAGCAUUCAUGCAAGACUCUCCAGCGAUUUCCCGACUGCCUACACGGAUUCGAACCUGCCCGCCCCUGACCAUUCCAUCCUUUCGUCUGUCCCUCGCUGGUUUGUUUGCAUUGUGUGUUGGAUCUCCUAGUUACCGGACCUUCCGCUACCCCGACUUCGUCCCCUGCCUGCCCCUCUUCGAAACCCUUGCUCAAUCCUGAGCCUCUGUGUGAGUACGGUGUACCCAUUCCUGUGUUACUACUCUGUGCUGCUAUUGGGUCCAAGCUAUACCCGUUACAAGAUGGGGAGAAACAGCAUAAACAAAAAUCAUUCUAGGAGGGUAAGAGGAGAAACAGUUAACACCAACUCUAUUUCUCUUUCGACGGGUGCUAUCCGAUAUGCUGAAUUUACUGUUUUCUUUCAAAUUUCCGGCAAACGUAUUUUGUUUUACAUAGGUAGAGAAUUACCUGACUGUGGUGAAAGUGGGGGGGAAAGGGAAAGGUGUAUAUGAAUAUGUGCGACUGUAUAGCACAUUUGUGUGUCUCUCAAUUGUUAACGCCCGGUAGAAAAAAAACCUUUGCACAGCGCACGUUCUAAUCAAACAAUAAUCCCUGGAAAUAUACAGUGAUAGUUUGAUGGUUUGAAUGGGUGAAGUGUUUUUUGCUGAGAACAGAACGUGAGAAAGCUAUUUUUUUUUUAAUCCAAUGCUACAGGUUCCACUCAGUAUUAAUAACGAUCAGCGAUCAAAAGGCGCUGCCAGGCAACGGCUCAGCAGUACCUAGUCCCCAUAUUUCUUGAUGUGAUAUUUCUGAGUCUAAACAAAUAGCGAUUCCUCCGCUGGAGCCGCCGGCCAUUGGUCAAUGGGAAUUUCAAUCCGUUCAACCCCCGGCUAACAAAUUUAUAAAUUAAAAAAAAUAAAAACAAAGCAAUCGUCUUCCCGAACAAUACACCAUUCAUUUCCACGCUGCGGUUUUAGACUCGAGCAUGUUUAAAAUAUAAUGUUGGUAAAUUAUUAUUGAUUGAUCGCCCAGCUGUUGCAAUAUUGACAUAUAGCUGGGGCUCGAAUUGGUAAUGUGUUCACUCUGCAGAUACGGAAGGGCUCCUUGGGUAUGUACUUUGCUGGGAGAUUCUGCUGGAGAAUAAGGGGAGGUGAGAGGAACAGCUUUCUCUGGAUAUGGCGAACUCGUGGGCAAUAACGCUCGCUCUCGUCCCAUUUCACCCAACGACGCAUUAUUGCCGGAUGCUCUGACCUUUCUCCGGUGCCAUCCCCAUUCUAAAAAUAUUGUCUUUUACAAAAGAAAACGGGAAAGGUGCCUUACUGGAGUGAUAUCCCGUGUUCAUUGACACCGACGAGUGAACGUAAAGAAAAAUCCGUAAACUGAAAGCGAAUUCAUGUGCUGAGCGUUUUCGCCCAGUGAUAGGACAUCAAACCAGUGCCCAUGGGAUCGGAGCGGAUGGAGAUGCGUAAGCGGCAGACAUCGGUGCAGCAGGAAAUGCCGGGCUCGACACAACCGCAGCAGGGCGCUGGGAACCGGGGCUCCAAUGCAUGCUGUUUCUGCUGGUGCUGCUGCUGCAGUUGCUCAUGUCUUACUGUUAGGAAUGAAGAUGACGAAAGAGCAAGAAGGAUGUCUCAGGAAGCCAGAGGAGAAGGCCAGCCAAACUGUGAAGAAAGUCCAAAGCCAACACUUGAAGAAGUGGAGUCCUGGGGACAGUCUUUUGACAAGUUAAUGAAAAGCCCUGCAGGAAGAAAUGCAUUCCGAGGGUUUUUACGAACAGAGUACAGUGAGGAAAAUAUGUUGUUCUGGCUGGCUUGUGAGGACCUUAAAAAUGAAGUCAACAAUCUUCUUGUUAAGGAGAAGGCAAGAUUAAUAUAUGAGGAUUAUAUAUCCAUCCUUUCACCAAAAGAGGUCAGCCUUGAUUCCAGAGUCCGCGAGGUCAUCAACAGAAAUAUGCUUGAACCUACCCCUCAUACAUUUGAUGAUGCACAGCUUCAGAUUUACACAUUAAUGCACAGAGACUCUUAUCCAAGAUUUAUGAACUCUGCAGUCUACAAAACCCUGCUUCAAUCCUUAAUUGAUACAUCGUCAGAACCUUAAAGCCUUCCCGACUUUGUUUCUGAAAAUAAAAUAAUGAAAUGUCUGUGGGCUAUUAUUACUCGCAGGGACACUGGAGCUAUUUGAUCUUCACCAGAAAGUAAUACUCAGGCAAAUUUUACUAAGGAUUUUAAUGUCUAUCUGCAGAGGGCUCUGAACACAGGCCAAAACACAGCUUCAGAUCAACACAGCAAGAUUCUCCAAAGGAUGACUGAUGAAAUGUUAGUCGUUUUAAAAAGCCUGUAGUUGUAUUUUUUACAUGAAAAAUUAUUAACAUGUACUCAAAGACAAGAGUUUGUAUGUGGAAGUGCCUUGAUGUUCCUCUAAUGACAUCGUCACCAGAGCGACAUAUGCUACAAUACGGUUUAAAAGUCUCCUACCAUUGAACAUUAUGAUAAUGAUGCCACAACCACAUUGGGCAGUACUUCCACUUGUCUUGGAGUAUAUUAUACUUGAUAUAUGUAAACAUAAUGCUGAUGGAAACUAAAUGGAUCAACUUCAAGUAUCGAAGCCAAUGGUUUGAAAAACUACUGAAAUACUGCCUAUAAAGCAUGUUGCAAGACCUCUAUUAUUUUAAUAUAUUUUUCUUCAAAUGCAAUUUUUUUCAUUAUGAUUUGUGAAUACUUAUAAAAAUUAAUUUCACAAAUUUAUUACUUGUUUUAUUUUGCAAAUGGAAAACAGACAAAAUGUGGGCAUUUCAAUUAUUUUCAAAAAAUAAAGCACAAAUAAUUUUAAUUUACAAUUGUUUAGUGAUCUGUCAAAACUGAAUUAGUGUAUACAAUGUGAUUAAAAUCUUUUAAAAAGUAAUAUUUUGUUUAUAUAUUGUACACGGCAUAAAACAUUUCUACGAUUGUACAGAAUCACCCACCUCUUCUUGGGAGAAAAAUCCUUUCCCCACAUUUUGCAAGGUUCAUUCCUCCAUUUAGAUGAUUUGAAUGUAGUAUUGAUAGAAGUGUUGAUAGUGUGCGGUGGUGCAGGGAGUAGUGUAGGAAAAAUGUUCCCAAUGUUGGGGGAAUCCAGAACGAUGGGCCGCAGUCUAAGAAUAAAGGGGAGGCCAUUUAAUACUGAGGUGAGAAAAUACGUUUUCACCCAGAGAGUUGUGAAUUUGUGGAAUUCCCUGCCACAGAAGGCAGUAGAGUCCAAUUCACAAGAUAAAUUUAAAAGAGAGUUAGAUAGAGCUCUAGGGGCUAGCGGAAUCAAGGGAU